AUGAUUCGUCCUCUCAAGCCUCCGUUUAUCCCUGGCUCCGGGUAUUCCCAAGACCUGCAUAUCUCUGCACAGACCCAUACGAUCUCCUUCGGUAUAUUCCAGAUAUGGAAUGCGAACAAGUCGAACCUGAGGGGCUGGUUCUGGAUAUAUGCAACUGAACGCAUAAAUCAUAUCGAGGAGGCUAUGGCCAAUGAGAUCUAG